UUUAGGUACUGUCAUGUAAACAUACCAAUCGCAAUUUCGUUUGUAAUGAUAGUAUCUGCUUAGAAUACAUUUAUUGUUUGCUUAGGAUGCAAUAUGCUUAAUCUCGUUGUCGAAAGCUUUUUAAUGAUAAAUACCACGCGUGCAAGCAAUCAUUUCAAUCUCUGGAGCAAAGACCUUUUGUCUGAAAUUAUCUAUUCCAAAUGUUGAUACUGCCUUGUUAAGAUUUAAUGAGAAACAUUUGGAGAUCGAACAGUGAUUAUCACGAAUCGCCAUUCGAUGAAUACAAUAUGUUGCGAUCAAGACUGCUGAAAAACGAAUGAAAUCAAGACUUCAUGAAUUGACAAGGUUCCGGUGACUGUUAUCGAGUCGUACAUCUUAGGAUAAGAGACCUAAGAAGCGGCGAUUCGAGACUAUCGUUAAUCAGGAUUUAGAAGAUCGAGUUUCCUAUCUGGUACUAAAUAAACAGAGAAGAAGCGCGAAUUUGGUGUGAUCGCGCUAAAUGCAGUGGUCGAAGGAGGGAUGGACCCAUCAAUGUUUGUUGCGUAUAAUCCUCAUACAAAUGGCGUUCCACUAGAGUCCAAACUUGCUACCUACAUGAAUCGACACAGUCAAGGAGUAGUUCUAAAUACCCCCGCACUUACAAAACAUUUGGCGGGCCUUACUUUGGAUUCGCAGAAAAAGGUAACUGCUAGUCCAGAAUUUGUACCAGGAAGGUGUCUUAAUAACAGCAGCAGCAGCAGCUCUCCGAAUCUUUUCAAUAAUUCUUAUCAUUCUCAAGAAAAUGUGGGUGGUACGACUUAUUUUUACCUUGGGAAUGCUGCCAGCGAGUCUGUGGGAACGGAGGAAGGAACUGAAACUAUUGGAACUGCAGGAACAAGUCAGAUAGGAUACGUCUAUCCGGGCACGCCCUCGCAUCUGCAACCUGUGAAACCAGCGAAACCUCCAUCGUCCAAUAACUCGUCAGCUCCGUCGACUCCGCCGCCUCAGGCAACGCCUAGUUUCUUUAUCAGUGAGAGCUUACGAAUGGACAUUCUUCAAAAGAAUGCGUUAACGUUAGCACAACCCGACAUUGCACAGUUCCCCGACUUACCAGACGAGGUAGACAAUUACCAUGAAUUGUGUCCGCUAGAACCGAUUCAUAAACCUGCCUCAACCAUGCUUGGGUACCAAACUUCAACGUACAAAGCUACGAGCAUCAAAAGUGGUACAAGAUACUGUUUGCGUCGCAUACACGAUUUCAGACUUGCCAACACAAAGUGUAUGGUGCUGGUAGAUAUGUGGAAACGAUUAUCGCAUACCAAUUUGGUACAGUUGAGAGAAGUUUUCACUACCAAGGCCUUCGGCGAUCAUUCCAUGGUAUUUGUCUACGACUAUCAUCCUGGCUCCGAAACAUUACUGAACAAGGAUUUCUCGGCGACCGAAUUAAAUGGCUACACGGAUCCGUUCUCGUCGGAUCCAAACGCGCCUCGGCCAUACAGUCACACGAAGAACACGAUCCUCAGACAACAACAAAGUAGUAUGUUACCAGAGAGUGUAAUCUGGAGCUACAUAAUUCAAUUGACCGCCGCCGUUCGAGUUAUACACGCUGCUGGUUUGGCUUACAGAUGUUUAGACCCAACAAAAGUGUUGCUCACGUCGCGGACAAGACUUCGUUUAAGCUGCGCCGCUAUACCAGACGUGGUCACAUUCGACGGGAACGCUGCCACACCACUCUCGCUAAUUCCACAUUACCAGCAAGAGGAUCUAAUUGCCCUAGGGAAAUUGGUGUUGGCUUUAGCGUGUCGCAGCCUCCUUGCCGUCCAUCGCGACAACAUGCAAGCCUCUCUCGAACUCGUCGCACGUACCUAUUCCACGGAUUUACGGAAUCUUAUAUUGUAUCUACUUUCCAAUCAAACACGAAGGAGCGUGACGGAUCUCAUGCCAAUGAUCGGAGCCCGAUUUUAUACGCAAUUGGACGCCGCUCUACUGCGAUCCGACGAGAUGGAAGAUGAGCUUGCCAAAGAGCUCGAGAACGGCAGGUUAUUCAAAUUGAUCGUGAAACUGGCCACCAUCAACGAAAGACCCGAGCUUAAUAUGGAACCGACAUGGGCAGAAACGGGUGACCGAUACAUGCUCAAAUUGUUUAGGGACUACGUGUUCCACCAGGUACUGGCCGAUGGAAGACCAUGGCUGGACAUGGCACACGUUGUAUAUUGUUUAAAUAAGUUGGAUUCAGGAUCUCAGGACAAAAUAUGUUUGACGUCGCGAGAUGGACAAAGUGUAUUGGUAGUAAGCUACGCCGAGUUACGGCAAUGCUUGGAAACCUCGUUUGGAGAACUGGUACAAUCUGCGAAGGAAACUGUCUAGGUCUGUGUCGCGUUAUUUUUUCUUCCUCAUCGAACCGACCAGACAGUACAUACUCCGAACCAUAAAUGUGAUAUCACCAGUUAGCGGUACUACCAUUUUAAACUUUAUCAAGAGACAUAGGACAGUGAGAGACGUGGUCCGAGAUUCGAAUCAUUAGUGAGAGAGAGAAAGAGAGAAAGAGAGAGAGAGAGAGAGAGAGAGAGAGAGAGAGAGAGAGAGAGAGAGAGAUACCACACCGAAUGUAUUCUGGUAACUGCCAUUCGACUGUAACAUAUGUGCGCGUGUGUGAGAGUGCAAGGUGACCAGUGUAAAUCUGAAGAAAAUCAACCGGCCGAAUUUUUGCUGCUGACGUACUACGCAAGGAAACAAAGUAGGGAAUACAGAACAGAACGUGUAUACAACUUAAUAAUGCAAUGAAGUCUUAAGAAGUCUCUUAAGAACACCUAAACACAGUCUGUGUAUAGAAUAGAUCUUAGAUUUUAGGAUACAACUGUAAGCAUUAAUUUUGAAAUAAAUGUUUAUUUUUGAAAGCAAUCUUAA